CGCGGUGCGGUGCAUUUCGGGACCUGUAGUUUCCCCGCCGCAUUGUGGGAGUUGCGGUUCGUGUGCAGUCCCGGCGCUGGAGCUUCCGCGGCUUGGAGCUAUGGGACCAAGGCCCCAAGAGGGAAGUCACUUACCAGAGUGUGUAGGUUCUUCAUCCAGAGCUCAAGUCUUCUGACUCUUGGGAAUAGCAAGACCUGCCCUUCCAGCUCCUCUCCUCAUGUGCUUAUCUGAGUGGGCCCGCAGUGACCCAGAGUGAAUUUGCCAUUGGCCCAACAUGAACUGGAAGGUCCUUGAACACGUGCCCCUGCUACUGUAUAUCUUGGCAGCCAAAACCUUAAUUCUCUGCCUGGCAUUUGCCGGAGUCAAAAUAUACCAAAGGAAAAGGUUGGAAGCAAAACAGCAAAAACUGGAAGCUGAGAAAAAGCAGCAGUCCGAGAAGAAAGAGAACUAAAGGGAAACCAGAGAAUUUGCAAUUUAAAUGUCAGCCUGAGUGGAUUCCAGCUGAGAAGAAAGACGAGACAAUUACUGAAUGAUGUGUCAGAGGAUAAACUCCCAACCUAUAGGGUUAACUAAAAAUUAUAUGAACUUUUUUAUGCUCUUAAAAGAACCCGUAUUUUGUUUACUAAAAUAAAAUACCUUUGUAAAAAAGGGGGUCUCUGUCUCUGGAA